CCGCCUCCUCCAAACACGGCCACCCACUCACCCGUGCUCCGUUUAAAAUAGGCAUAGCAUAGCCAUCCCACGAGCACCGCAUGCACGCAUGUAAGUUUCUGCAGAAGCUAGCCAGGCAGACGAGAGAGCGAGUCACCGCGAGAAGGGGAUCGCGGAAAGUGAGAGCAGAAUCAACAAUCCACCUGCUCAUCGAGUCGAUGGAGAUGAAGGUUGCUGCCUCACGGCCAGGAUGCAAGAAACGCCCCCCGAGCCGUCUCCAGAAGCAUGCGCCAGCGUCGCUGCAACUGGAGCAGGCUGUCGCCAGUGCGGGGACGGGAGCACCGCCCGCGGUGUGGGGUGACGGGAGGGCGCCGAUCCCGCUCCUGUCGCCGCUCGUCGUGUCGCCCAUGGUGCCGGUCUGGGAGGCGGACCAGACGGGGGGCGCCAGGAAGGAGGGAGGAGGGGACCAGGCCGAGGGCAGGAGCGGUGCCGAGCAGCAGCAGCGCGGCGCCGCCGCUCGGCAUGGCAGCAGUGGGGAGCACCAGGUGCACGACGUGACACCGAGGCCGUCGGCGCCCGCGCUCGGCAUGGGGUGGCGGCACCCAGCGAUGUCGACGCCCGUGGCGGAGCCGGCGUCCCUUGUGCCCUUAUUCCAGUCGCAGUGCGCGUUGGAGGUGCGCAACUCGCAGCAGUGAGGGGGAAUCAUUUGCUCAACCAAGCAGCCAUGCCCAUAGUAGUGCGCUCGAGCUCGUGCUCACGACAGGCGCCGCUACGAUGUGAGAAGACGAUGACGCUUUCGUCCUCGCAGGCUAUUCUCGUCGUGAUCUAUCUUUGAACAACUAGCAUUGGUUUUGCUGCUCUUCAUCAGUUUAUCGUAAUAUCUUUACAAUGUGGUCACAGUUCUUUGUGAAUAUAAUUUAAACCUAUAUGGUUUAGCG